AUGCUGCGCCCUGUACUAGCCCUAGCGCUUGCAUUGGGCCUGUUCGUCGUUUCCAGCUCGAGCUCUUCCACGUCUACUUCGGUCCGCGGCGUAGCUCCAUCCGACCAGCAAAAGUUUCUGGGCGAUGACUUCUUGUGCGUCGUGGGCGGACAGUCCCACUAUGUGCCAAUCAGUCGCGUGAAUGACGACUUCUGCGACUGCGACGACGGCAGCGAUGAACCUGGCACGGCGGCCUGCUCUUAUGUGGCAGCGAGUGAAUUCUACUGUGCAAAUGACGGGUUUUUCUCGAAAAAAAUCCACACGUCUCAGAUUUAUGACGGAGUCUGUGACUGCUGUGACGGCUCGGACGAGGAAGUGGACGGCGUGUCGGUUUGUUCGAACUCGUGUGCAGCAGCUGCUGAGGCGUUCCGGAAAGGUGCAAAAGAGCGUCUUGAAGUGGUUCGUAGCGGGUUUGAAAAGCGUCAAGCGAUAGUGGAUGGAGAAAUUGCACCGUAUUUUACUCAACUGGGCGAGUCGGAGAGGAGUAUUGAGAACGAUCUGGUGGCGUUGAAGCUGCUGAUGGACAGAGUGAUGGUGCACAAGGAGCGCGAAGAGUUGCGAGAAACGAGAUAUCGUCUUGAAGUUGCAAGAAAGAAGCAGGAAAAUCAGAUGAAGAACGGAGAUGAGGGAGUAGAACGAAGCAAUGAGCAGUCGAUGAAUGCAGCGGAAGCUGAUGCGGAUGAUGCAGCAGUGGAGUUUGAAACACUUGAUGCUACACUACUGGCCGACGAUGAUGCGCCUAUCGAUCUAGCAGAAGAUCUACGCGCGCUUGAGGUGUUUGACUCGAGUGGGCAGAGUAUCAAGAGCCUGGUUGAGUUGCCGGACGGCACGAGAAUUUCUCUGGCGGACUGCUUGCGCACGGACCACAAAAUUCUAGCUUCUACCAAGAAACUGUGGACUUUACGGAAGGAAGGAGAAUCGUGGCAAGAAGUUUAUCUGGGGUUUAUCAUCAGUGGAGAAGCUGAAGGUCGAAAGCAGAUUGGGCUUGCUGUGCUGCGAGUUUUCGGCAUUAUUGUCUCCCCUUUUCGUGUGCUUGCAGAGUUGGUUCUGUAUAGCCCACGAGUGUUAUGGCGUUUGUUAUCAACUCCUGAAAUUGCUGGUCCAGUUAUUGACAAGUUUCCGAACAUGCCGUCUCCUUCGCAUUCGGCCUGGUUUCGUCGACUUGGCGGUGGCAAGGUUUACAACGGAUACAACUCUGUUAUGUGGGCCGCGCAAGUCGUGUGGGAUGCACCGAUUUAUGCGUACCACUAUCUGUUUCCCACACUUGAUAGUGACAUGAAGCUGCCAGUAGCAGAGUCAUUGCGGUUAGUGCUCCGGGAGAUACAGUCGGACAUUACUAAAUUGGAGAGAGAUCGAAGCGACAAGCGCGAAGCUGCUUCCAUUGACUACGGUCCGGAUCGCGCAUAUUUUACCCUGAAGGACAAGUGUAUCGAGAGGCGGAUUGAGAAAUACGACUACAAGUUCUGCGCAUUUAGCAACGUCAAGCAGGACCACACAACACUUGGCAAGUGGGAUGGCUGGGCAGUUCGUGACGACAGUGAAGUGCCAUCAGUUGCCACUGUGGAUCACACAAGAAUGCGUUACUCUAACGGUCAAAGGUGCUACAAGGGUCCUGAACGGGCCGUUUCUGUGAAGCUUGAGUGUGGCGACAAGGACGAGAUAUCAGGUGUAGAUGAACCUUCGACCUGCGUGUACGUGAUGGUUGUUCGAUCCCCAUUGGCGUGCACUGCUCGAGUACUUGCAGACGCAGAAGCAGAGGCGGCGCUGGGUCAAUGA